GGUACAGCUCGAUUGCAUGAAAAUAGCAUUUUUCAUGUAAAGAAAACCAAACUGGGAUUUCAAAUUGGAUUUACAGCAAAAAGGUACUAUGGAGGUCUCAGUUUGCACCGCUGACGUUGGAACUAACACCGAGAAGAUAGUUACCACCGACCGUGGUGUCAACACCAAGAUUAAAACUAAAAAUAAAAUGACAAACACCCGGAAAAAUACAAUCAAAACUAGUGACAUCGGAGUUAGCACCUCUGGAUAUGAGAUGACAAACACCAACAUCAAUACCAUUAACACUACUGACACCGUAGUUGACACUACUGACACCGGAGUUGACGAUACUAAGACCGUAGUUGACACUACUGACACCUUAGUUGACGAUACUAAGACCGUAGUUGACACUACUGACACCGUAGUUGACGAUACUAAGACCGUAGUUGACAGUACAGACACCGCAGUCGACGUUACUAACAUCGUAGUUGACGAUACUAAGACCGUAGUUGACACUACUGACACCGUAGUUGACGAUACUAAGACCGUAGUUGACACUACUGACACCGUAGUUGACUAUACUGACACCGUAGUUGACAGUACAGACACCGCAGUCGACGCUACUGACAUCGUAGUUGACACUACUAACACCGUAGUUGGCACUACUGACACCGUAGUUGACGAUACUAAGACCUUUGUUGACACUGCUGACACCGUAGUUGACGAUACUAAGACCGUAGUUGACACUACUGACACCGUAGUUGACGAUACUAAGACCGUAGUUGACACUGCUGACACCGUAGUUGACGAUACUAAGACCGUAGUUGACACUGCUGACACCGUAGUUGACGAUACUAAGACCGUAGUUGACACUACUGACACCGUAUUUGACACUACUAAUACUGCAGUUGACACUACUGACACCGUAGUUGACACUACUAACACCGCAGUUGACACUACUGACACCGUAGUUGACACUACUAACACCGCAGUUGACACUACUGACACCGUAGUUGACACUACUAGCACCGUAGUUGGCACUAUUAACACCGUUGUUGACACUACUGACACCGUAGUUGACACUACUAACACCGUAGUUGACACUACUGACACCGUAGUUGACACUACUGACACCGUAGUUGGCACUACUGACACUAAUGAAGAUAAGAUGACAAGCACCGCCAUCAACAAGAUUAACUCUGCUGACACCGGAGCUAAAACUACUAAAGACACUGCGGUUAACACUAAUCGUGUAUUUUGUGCUAACUGCAACUGUGUUGUAGGUCUUGUGGAGUACGUAGAUAUGCCAAGUGCAAGCACAAGCAAGUCCGAUAAUACUGUUUCCACCUCCAGUACCACUAAAGAUGUUGCUUGUAAUACAGAUAACACUUCAGAUUCUAACAAUAAGUAUACUUUUAACGACAAUGCGGUAGCCGCAAGCGUUUCCAAUACAAAUGAAGAUGAGGAAGUGGUUGCGCAUUCAUCCACCAACCCUCCUAAUGAAAAUGACAAACAAAGUCCCGAAAAUGUCAACAAUAAGGCAAGAAAACUUUGUCCAUACCAUCAUGAGGUAUACACACCUGGUUGUCCGAAAUGUCGGUGGCGUCUUUGUUAUCACGAUAGCGAUUCAGAUGAUGAUGAUGAUGAUCAAAGACAGCAAAACAUUAAUAAUGAUCCCUCGUUUGAGGAGAAUAAUCUCCCAAAUAGGCAUAUGCUUAAUUUCCGGUACGCAUAUCUCCGUUAUCGCAGAAGGUUAAGAUAUGAAAGAAUGGAUGAACGGUUCCGUCGCUACAGAGCCGCUUUACGAGCAGCUUUUGAAAAUACGAGUUCUGAGAGCGAUGAAUAUGGACGUUACGAUGAAGAGAGUUCAAAGACCCUUUAAAUAAAUCUAUAAAUAUCGCUUAGAUUCAUUUAAACUUGCAUAUAAUCAUUUUCAAUUUUUUCAAUCGUUGUAAGUAGUUUGAGGGAUUUCCCAUUUUAAUAUCGUAGGUAUCGUUCGUAGAAAAAUUUGUAGGAGUAGAAAGUAGAAUGAAGCUUAAAAUUAUUAUGGUAGUAAAGUUUUAGGGCAUUGCAGGCUUAAAUUGUAAUGGCCUAUAUGUAGCUAAAAUCGCGGCAGCCCAAUAGUAUGUCUUACGUAACUACACGCAUAUCUAAAAACGGGAAAGAAUUAUUAAAAUUGAAUUUAAUUAACACGAUCAAUUCACACACAUUCACACCCAUAGUCACAUAGCGUUAUUAAAAUGACAUUUACAAUGAAAUUAUAAAAUAGUUUUAAGAUUACAUACAUAAAGAUAUUUAAUUUAA